UGCAACGCUCACCAACCACGCAGAGCCACGGAGGGUGACAGGCGGGCCCCGCGAGGUUUGGUCGAGGCCGACUAAAACCCCCGCCGCACCCAUCAUCCCACCACCACCACACCACUCGAACGAACCUCUCGCCAUUUGCCAACAGACCUCAGAUCUCGCUGUCGCCUCCUUGCGCAGCCGUCGUCGAGAGCAGCAAGAAAAUGGCGGCGAGCAACCUCGAGGGUGUGCUCCUGGGGAUGGGCAACCCCCUUCUCGACAUCUCCGCCGUCGUCGACGAGGCCUUCCUCGCUAAGUAUGAUGUGAAGCCGAACAAUGCCAUUCUUGCCGAGGACAAGCACUUGCCCAUGUACGAUGAGUUGUCCAGCAAGGACAAUGUUGAAUAUAUUGCUGGAGGAGCCACGCAGAACUCUAUCAGGGUUGCCCAAUGGAUGCUUCAAACUCCUGGUGCAACAAGUUACAUGGGUUGCAUUGGAAAGGACAAGUAUGGUGAGGAGAUGAAGAGCGCCGCUAAAGCUGCAGGAGUUACUGCUCAUUACUAUGAGGAUGAGGCUGCUCCUACAGGCACAUGUGCUGUCUGUGUUGUUGGUGGCGAAAGGUCAUUGAUUGCAAACUUAUCUGCUGCGAACUGCUACAAAUCUGAGCAUCUAAAGAAGCCAGAGAACUGGGCACUAGUUGAGAAAGCGAAAUACAUCUACAUUGCUGGCUUUUUCCUUACGGUGUCCCCUGAAUCUAUUCAGCUUGUUGCUGAGCAUGCUGCUGCAAAUAACAAGGUUUUCUUGAUGAACCUCUCCGCUCCCUUUAUCUGUGAGUUUUUCCGUGAUGCCCAAGAGAAGGUUCUUCAGUAUUCUGACUACAUCUUUGGAAAUGAAACCGAGGCAAGGAUCUUCUCUAAAGUCCGAGGGUGGGAGACUGAGAAUGUCGAGGAGAUCGCUUUGAAGAUCUCACAACUGCCUCUGGCUUCUGGAAAACAAAAGAGGAUUGCUGUGAUUACUCAGGGUGCUGAUCCAGUAGUUGUGGCUGAGGAUGGGAAGGUAAAAACAUUCCCUGUGAUCCUAUUGCCCAAGGAGAAGCUUGUUGACACCAAUGGCGCUGGUGAUGCGUUUGUUGGCGGCUUCCUCUCUCAGUUGGUUCAAGGGAAGAGCAUCGAGGACUGCGUAAAGGCCGGUUGCUACGCAGCAAACGUUAUCAUCCAGCAAUCUGGCUGCACUUACCCUGAGAAGCCUGACUUCAACUAGACCAAAUUCAGCGAUUCUACGGAAAGCAACACUUAACCGCUUGAUGGUUCGGCUUGUUCUCCCUGUAUUAUUUUGAGGCUUUCCAUCUGAUCCGGCCUAAUUUUCGGCCGUGGAUAUCUGUUGUACUGCUAUAAUCGGUACCUUUAUCUUUGGUAUAAGGCAUGGUUGCCAUUA